AUGUGGACACCACUGCAUAGCGCAGCUUACGUGGGUAGUGUGGACGUCAUAAAGAUUCUUACCGCCAGGGGCGCUCAAGUGGAUGCGAGGACACGCAAACGGGCUACACCCCUGCAUUUCGCAGCAGAUUACUGGCGUGUCGAAGUAGUUAAAUAUCUUUUGGCAAAAGGAUCCGAAGUUAAUGCAGCUGAUCGCAGAAACUGGACGCCACUUCACUUCGCAGCAGAUGAGGGUUCCAACGAAGUCCCUCUUACGUUGUCCGGACACUUGUGUGCAAGUGCGCAGGAUUCCAAACUGAAUACCGUGAAAGUUCUCAUUGAAAGCGGAGCAGAUGUAAAUGCAAAGGGUAGCAGAGGUGAAACCGCAUUGUACCUAGCUGUGAAGUACGGCGAUCCAGUAGUAGCUAGAUGCUUAUUAGAGAAUGGUGCAUAUUAUGAUGUGACAACCAAACACUACUUUCGUAUCACGACUGUUUCGCAGAUUGCCGCGAUUAAAGGGAACAAGGAUGUAAAUGCUUUAUUGCUUGCUGCCGAAAACCUGUUCGAGGCCGUGAGAAAAGUCAAGUGUGCUGAAAUUGAAAAAUGUAUUCAGGAAGGAGCACCAGUCAACAGCAGAAGCGUCAAGUACGAAACACCACUUACGUAUGCGUCUUGGAAAGGACACUUAGCCGUUGUUAAUGUUUUGCUUAAAAAUGGGGCAGCUGUUAAUUUGAGCAACAGCAAUGGUAAUACUCCUCUACAUUAUGCAGCGAAAUUUGGGCAUCACGAAAUAUUGUGCGUCUUAUUGCAACAUGGUGCAGUGUACAAUGCAAGCACCAAAACUGGCAAAAAAACGCCGUUACAUUUCGCCCAACAAAGUGGAAGAAAAGAAGUUAAAGAGACUCUAAAACUGAUUGAACGUAUGUUUAUUAGAAUCAGGAGAAAGGAUAAGAAAGUGCUAAAAGAGCUGAGUGAACUGAAGAACAUAAAAUGUGCAGAAUAUCAUGCCAUAAAAAAUUGCAAAAAUGUACAUCAAGAAACUCUGACACAGAUAGCUUCAGAAAAUCGAUUUUACGAUGUAUGUAAAUUGUUUUCUGAUGUGUAGUAGAGUACUCGGUUAUUGCUCAGUGAAUGGUUUGACAAAAGUAGGUAAAAGUUAUGUAACAUUAUAAUGAUUUUGUGAAUUUUUUUUACACU